AUGUCAGGUCGUGGCAAGCAGGGCGGCAAGGCGCGCGCGGGGCUGCAGUUCCCGGUGGGCCGCGUGCACCGUCUGCUGCGCAAGGGCAACUACGCGGAGCGCGUGGGCGCCGGCGCACUCGUGUACCUGGCGGCCGUGCUCGAGUACCUGACGGCCGAGAUCCUGGAGCUGGCGGGCAACGCGGCCCGCGACAACAAGAAGACGCGCAUCAUCCCGCGCCACCUGCAGCUGGCCAUCCGCAACGACGAGGAGCUCAACAAGCUGCUGGGCAAAGUGACGAUCGCGCAGGGCGGCGUGCUGCCCAACAUCCAGGCCGUGCUGCUGCCCAAUAACUCGGGAGAGUCACAAAGCCAAAAAGCUGUGUGCUAG